ACAACCCCGCAUUAAGACAUCAUCACACCAGAAAAAAAAAUGCUUCUAAUUUAAUUUCCAAUUCCAAACAGCGCAUAACAUGAAACUCUGCGUUUCAAUCUUCUUCUUCUUCUUGUUCUUCAUUUUCUUCAGCUGCAUCGUUGAUGUAUCAUUCUCACAAUCACAACUUUCCCUUCUUCAAAACGGAAACGCUUUCUCAUCGUCACUUGUUCCUAAUCCGUUGGACACAAAACCCGCUACGGCACUCGUCGCUGCCCUAGACGGUACUAUUUAUCUUGUUGAAAGUUCUUCUGGGAGGGUAAUUUGGUCUUUUUCAACUGGAUCGCCAAUCUACCAUUCCUUUCAAGCAUCUCUUAAAACUCCUUCAUCUGGAAUCAUCGAAUGUGGAGAUGACUGGGAAUUGAUCUUUCACGAUACACACUUUGGUAAAACGAAACUCAAGGAAUCUGUUGCUGAUUAUGUUGCUUUUACACCUAUUGUGUCAAAAGAUGGAGCGGUUAUACUUGGAUCCAAAAAGAGCACUGUAUUUGAAGUGGAUGCUAAAACUGGAAAGCUACUUAGAAGCUAUGGUGCUGCUGAUUUUCAUAAUGCUUCUACUACUUCAGUGUGGAGUGGGGACAGGGACGGGCAGGGUGUUACUGAUUCCUUACAUGCAACUAAUAAUGAGCUUGCUGAUCCGGCAAAGCUGAAUUUACCAGAGUUCUUGCUCCAGAUAGUUAGGACUGAUUACUUUUUACAGUCUGUCGGUCCUGGUUCAGGAAUAGUGUUGUGGACUAUGUCAGUAGCUGAAUUUGAGGCUGUAUUAUUUUGCCGACAUAAUGAAAAUCCUACCUUGACGGCUUUUCUUGAUGCAGAAGGUGAGUAUGCUUCUGGUGUUGACAGUGGCUUGGAUUUCGCUAUGCCGUAUGCAUGUCCUGACAGAAAACUCAAAGAAGUCUAUCGCCAGCGAAAGAAUUUUCUGUUUGAACCUGCUAACUUUGAAAAAUUAUCUGAUGUUGGUGCUUAUCAAGAAAACGGCAUACUCCCAAUGCCAGCUUCAAAUCUGAUGCUACCAUCACAACCUAGUAGUGAUAGAUUCUUCCCUAGUCAUGAUGGUAAUAUGAUGCUUCCUUUGCCUGUGCCUGUGGCAAAUUCUUUGCAGCCAAAAAUCAGCUUCUAUGAUAGUAAUGAUAAUGCUGCUGUGCUCCCUCAGCCUCUUAUGGAGAUCGCUGCACCAAGGGAAGUUGAUCUGAACAGGGUGAUUGAAUUGUCCAUGUCUUUAUUAGUUAUAUUAUCUGUAGCCUUUCUUUUGAUAUUGUACCAAAAUCGAUCUACAAACAAAGUUGCAACAAAGGUCAAAAUCAGUGAUUCCGAUUUGAAAAGCUCACCUUCUAAGAAAAAGAGAGCACGUAAGUCAGGAAAAAAUAAUGUCACUCAUCUGUCUUCAAUUGAGGAGAAUAUACGACUACAUAUGGAAGCAGAAAAUGAAGCACGGUUGCACUAUAAUAAAGAUAAUGGACGCAGGAUUGGUAAACUUCAUGUAUCAAAUAAAGAAAUUGCAAAGGGAAGUAAUGGUACCAUUGUCCUUGAGGGGAUAUAUGAAGGUCGGGCAGUUGCUGUCAAACGCCUUGUUCAGGCUCAUCAUGAUGUAGCUCAUAAAGAAAUAAAAAAUCUCAUUGCUUCUGACUUUCAUCCAAAUAUUGUCCGAUGGUAUGGCGUCGAAUACGAUCACGAUUUUGUUUACCUUGCUCUGGAGCGUUGCACAUGCAACUUGGAUGAUUUGAUUAAUAUUUAUUCAGAUAUGUCAGAAAAUUCACUGUUAGGCAAGGAUCAAGCUUUUGAAUUUUUUAAGCAGGCCCAAAUAGAGACACAGAGGGAUGAUAUGCAGUGUCUUUGGAAAACAAAUGGUUUUCCAUCUCCUCUAUUGCUAAAGCUGAUGAGGGACGUGGUUUCUGGGCUUGUUCAUUUGCACGAACUAGGAAUAAUACAUCGGGAUUUGAAACCCCAAAAUGUUUUGAUAAUCAAGGAAAGAUCAUUAUGUGCCAAGCUUUCUGAUAUGGGGAUUAGCAAACGACUUCUUGAAGAUAUGUCUUCUUUGGGCUAUAGUUCUACUGGCUGUGGCAGUUCGGGUUGGCAAGCGCCAGAGCAGCUUGUUCAGGGACGUCAAACACGAGCUGUAGAUUUGUUUAGCUUAGGUUGUGUGCUCUUUUUCUGUAUGACGGCAGGGAGACAUCCAUUUGGAGAACGUCUUGAGCGUGAUGUCAAUAUUGUGAAAAAUCAAAAAGAUCUUUUCUUAGUGGAGUUCCUUCCUGAAGCUGAAGAUCUUAUUUCUUGUUUAUUAGAUCCUGACCCCAAUCUAAGGCCAAAGGCGAUUGAAGUAUUGCACCAUCCUCUAUUUUGGAGUUCUGAGAUGAGACUUUCAUUUCUUCGUGACGUUAGUGACAGGGUGGAACUUGAAGAUAGAGAGACUGAUUCUGAUCUUUUGAAGGCAUUAGAGAACGUUGCUCCAGUGGCUUUAGGUGCAAAAUGGGAUGAAAAGAUGGAACUAGCUUUCCUUGCUAACAUUGGUCGUUACAGGCGAUAUAAAUUUGACAGUGUUCGAGACUUGUUGAGGGUCUUGAGAAACAAGCUAAAUCAUUUCAGGGAAUUGCCUCUAGAAAUCCAGGAACUAGUAGGACCUGUUCCGGAAGGAUUCAACGACUACUUUUCUAGUCGAUUCCCAAGGCUCUUGAUUGAAGUGUACAAAGUUAUCUGCAACUAUUGCAAGGAUGAUGAAUGUUUUCAAAGAUAUUUCAGAGACAUUUGAUUAAUGCAUUAGCUUUGUUCAGAUAGAUGACUUGAUAAUUUAUCAAAUGGAAAAGAACGGUUGGCUGCACCAUGGAGCAAAUUAUGUUCACAUUCAAAACCUCAAUCGGCAGUUUUUUCAAGACAUGUAAUGUUAUAUACAUACAUAUCUUGCCACUUGUCACUGAUCAAUCUAACCCUAAGUUACGAUGGAAUGCCAUAUGUUUAAUCCAGUGUUCAGAGGAUUCAACUACAUGUACAUGUAUAUUAUUAGUACAUUAUACAUGGCUAGGGACUGUAACCACCCUCUUAGUGAUAAAGGAACUGUAAAGUUCAAUGUAUUAAAAUUUCUCAUAUCAGAAACCUAAUUUGCCAAGGUUGUGUAUUAUCAGUUGCUAUGUUAUAAGAUGGAUGCCACAAUUUGUUCUUAGUCGCAUUUCAAACAAAACAAGAGAUCACAUUGAUUUGAAGUA